AUGGAAAGAGGAAAGGAGAAAAGGGUUUCCAAAAACUUGCCACAGACUUUCCCCAGUUCUAAAGAACCUGCCUUCCUUAUCAACCAAGCCGUUCUGCCUAGUGACUCCUAUUCUAACCUCUUGCCAGAAACAGAGCACGUCGAUCCUGGUGAAAAAACAAAGACAAAUACUAAGAAAAAUAGACCUGGGACUGUGAUACUCUCCAAACGGUCCAGUAAGAGAAUGAUGUCUGAAAGCCAGCCCAGCCCCCCCGUGAUCCCGUCCCGCAGGCCUGGGUUCCAGAUAUGCUAUAUCUGUGGCCGAGAAUUUGGGUCCCAGUCACUUGCCAUUCAUGAGCCUCAGUGCUUGGCGAAGUGGCGCAUUGAAAACAGCAAGUUGCCCAGGCACCUGAGGAGGCCAGAGCCCUGCAAGCCACAGCCUGUGGGCGGCGGCCUCGGGUCCUGCCCUCUGCAGGCAGCCGAUGAGGGGGCGCCCCAGGGCUCCCAGGCUCAGCUGCUGCCCUGUGGGUGCUGCGGCCGCAUGUUCUUGCCAGACCGGCUCCUGGUUCACCAGAGAAGGUGUAAGCCAGAGGGUGAGGGGCCCACAGCACCAAACGCCAACAGCUCCAACAAUCUUACUAGUCCCAGGAAAGCUUCUGGUGCCAUCCCAGCUCGACCAAGGACUCUCAUCUGCUACAUUUGUGGCAGGGAAUUUGGCACCCUCUCCCUUCCUAUCCAUGAGCCCAAGUGCCUGGAAAAAUGGAAAAUAGAAAAUGACCAGCUCCCCAGGGAGCUCCGUCGGCCCCUCCCACAGAAGCCUCAGCCCCGUACAACGGGAGAGGCGCCGAGUCCAGCUCAGCCUGUGCCCUGCCCCAACUGUAGCCGGACCUUCGCCCCCGACCGCCUUCUGGUGCAUCAGAGAAGUUGUAAAGCUCAACCAAGUGGGCCACACAUUCAGAAUUUGGCCUUUGGGAGUAAAGGUGGCCUAAAAGAAUCCACUAAUUUCAAACAGCAAAGGCACACGGCAGCACCCACCGUGACCGACAAGCCAACAAUGAUUAGGCGUCCACCAACAAUCAUUUGCUACAUUUGUGGUCGUGAAUAUGGAACAAAAUCUAUUGCCAUUCAUGAGCCACAGUGUCUGAAAAAAUGGCAUCAUGAAAACAAUUCGUUGCCUAAAGAGUUGAGGAGACCAGAACCUAAAAAACCUGAAGUCAGGACCAUUACUGCCAAAGGCUUCUACGAUCUCGAUGCCUUAAAUGAAGCUGCCUGGACAAGUGCCCAGAGCCAGUUGGUUCCCUGCAACAUCUGUGGGCGCACCUUCCUGCCAGACAGGCUGAUUGUUCACCAACGAUCCUGUAAACCAAAAGUCGCCAAGUAA